AUGCUGGUGGAAGUUCCAAAAACACUCCAUUCUUUCACAAACAUGACCACCACCAUGCGAACUGCACCCAACACCAUUUGCUUCUCCAAUUACCUCUAUUCCCUCUACCAAACACCUCACAGGCUCAGAAAGAGAAUGUUGGCCACUUGGACUCCAGACCAGGAGCUCAACCAAGUGAGGCAAAGGUCUGGAGCAGACAUGAAGAGGAAGCUCAAGUGGCAUGAUUUGAUUGCCCUUGGUGUUGGGGGCAUGCUUGGUGUUGGAGUGUUUGUCACAACUGGUCGUGUAGCCAACCAGAACUCUGGCCCUUCUGUCUUCUUAUCAUAUAUCAUUGCUGGAAUAGCAGCACUUCUUUCCUCUUUGUGUUACACCGAAUUCUCCGUUCAAAUUCCAGUAGCCGGAGGUGCCUUCAGCUACCUUAGAGUGACCUUUGGAGAGUUUGUGGGUUACUUUGCUGGGGCAAACAUACUUAUGGGAUAUGUAUUAUCCAACGCUGCGGUGGGAAGAACUUUUACUGAUUAUUUAGCCUGGGCUUUUGGAGUAAAUUCUUCAGACACAUGGAGAGUCAAAGUGGAUGGCCUAGCAAAAGGUUAUGAUAUGUUGGAUUUCCCGGCUGUCGCUCUUAUUAUCCUUCUUACUCUCUGUCUAUGCCAUAGUACAAAGGAAAGCUCUAUCUUGAACCUUAUUAUGACAGUCUUUCAUCUAGUUUUCUUUGGAUUUAUCAUAUUUGCUGGCUUCUACCAUGGGACUGCCAAGAACUUGGUGAAGCCAAGAGGACUAACUCCUUGUGGUGUUAGAGGUGUUCUUGAUGGAGCAGCCGUGGUUUACUUCAGCUAUAUUGGCUAUGACUCGGUUUCAACAAUGGCAGAAGAGAUCCAAAACCCUUCAAAGAGCCUUCCUGUGGGAAUUAUAGGUUCAGUUCUCAUUGUUUCUGUACUAUAUUGCCUCAUGGCCUUGUCUUUGUGUAUGAUGGUUCCCUACACUAAGAUACCAACACAAGGAUCAUUUGCAUUCGCUUUCCAAGGUAUUGGAUGGAAGUGGGCAAGCAAUGUUGUUGGGGUAGGCGCAAGCUUGGGAAUUGUUGCUUCUCUUCUGGUUGCCAUGUUAAGUCAAGCUAGGUACCUUUGUGUUAUUGGAAGGGCCCGGCUAGUGCCAGCAUGGUUAGCCAAGGUUCAUCCUUCAACAGGCACCCCAUUGAAUGCCACUCUCUUCUUGGGACUCUGCACAGCUACAAUUGCACUCUUCACCAGCCUCGAAAUAGUGAUUGAAAUGAUAAACUUUGGAACACUCUUGGUGUUCUACCUUGUGGCCAACGCUCUCAUCUACAGAAAAUAUGUGAUCAUAAGCCACAACCCCCCUAUCCACACCUCCUUGUUCCUCUUCCUCCUCUCAUCCUGUGCUUUUGGCGUCUCCAUAUCAUGGAGGCUCAAGCCAGAAUGGUGGAACCUUGUGUUAUUCACGGGAUCCAUGAUCAUCAUCACUGCCAUCUUCCACUACAUGGUACCAUGUCGAGGACAAGGCAUGGAGUGGUCGGUGCCAUUUAUGCCAUGGCCAGCCGCCACAUCAGUCUUCCUUAAUGUCUUCCUCAUGACAACAUUAAACAAACUGGCAUUCCAAAGGGUUGCUAUAUGGGCAUGUUUGAUAACUUUGUUCUAUGUACUAUAUGGUGUUCAUUCAACCUACCGAGCAGAGGAGUUUGAGAAGGGUGUUGAUGCUGAAGUGAACUCAAACUCAUCAACACAACAGAUGGCUAAGGUAGAUAUUCAAGUGCUUUGA